CGGGCGUCGUCAGUGCCUUACCAGCCGCGCGGGGGAGCGCGCGCGUCCACGCGACAUGUGCCAGUGCCAGUGAUCGGAUGCCCAGCGCGCUCAGCUGACGACAUGGGCUGCGCCCGGGAGCUCUGCACUCAGGACAAGAUGUUCAUCUUCAUCAACAUCGCCUUCGCGAUGUACAGCGGGGCGUUGCUCGCGACAGCCGCGCGCCUGGCCUGGGACCCCAGCACGUACUCCUGGUUCCGGUUCCUGUGCGAGACGCAGUACCACGUGUCGCUGGGGUACGUGCUGGCGGCCGGCUUGUGGCUGGCGGCGCUGGUCUACCUGGCCGCGGCCGCCACGGCGCGUCGCUCGAGGAAGAACCACAGGAAAUGCCUCAAGCUGUACGCGGUCGGCGUGGCCGUGCUGGCGGUGAGCGAGGUGGCGUACGGGGCUUGGAUGGCGACGUCGCUGAUGGAGUGGUGGGAGACGGACCCUCACGCCGAGCUGGCCAGGAAGGGCAUGCGCCUCAUGGAGGACUUCAAGCCUGCGCUGCUCGCCGUCAGGAACUACAAGGACGUCGUCGAACCGGUGCUUGACAUGUUAGAGGAGGUGGAGCGUAAGGCCCCCAACAACGUGUUCGUUAUCGUCAUCUUCGGCUUUCUGGGUCUCGUGCUUCAGAUCGCAGCGUUCGUGAUAGCAUGUCAGCUGUCGCGACGCGCUCGCGAGCGGGCGAGCGCAGCCGCGAGCGCGGGCUCGGGCGAGCGGCUGGAGAAGGGCGCCGCGAGUGCGCCCGCGCACGACGACGACAGCGACGACAGCCAGCAAGAGACGCCGCCCGGCUGGCGCAGGAAGGCCAACCUUAGCAUGUACACUAUUAUUGACAAGAUUUUCUAGCAGGACGAGGAGGCCGCAGCGGCGGCCUCGCCGAGGCACCCGGGCCUGCAGCCGAGCGCGGCGAGUGCGGCGAGCGCGGCGCGCAGUCGGCCGCGGCGCCGGCGUCGCGGCGGCGGCGUGCUGCGCGACGCGCGCUGGGACGCCGUGCAGGCGCAGUUCCGCGCCACGCGGCAUGCGCACGCCCCGCUCCACGCCCCGCCUUCCGCACCUGCCGCUGCGCUUCUUAUCCUCCAUGCCGACUUGUAACUUUUCCCAUAUAUACUCAAUAUACUGGCAACUGCGAUAUGACAUCAGUGAUAACGUUUAUCUCAAUAUUUAUAGCCAUUUAUGUAUAGGAUAGAUUAGAUACUCAGGUUGAACAUUUUAUCAAUGAUGUCCUUUCAUCUGAACAGGCAUUAGAAAGUCAGAUAAGUGACAGAGAUUUACACGAAUUAUUUGUUCCUCUAAUAUUUUAUUGUAUUCACAUUCCUUUUGUAAGAUGUACAAAUUUAUAAGCGUUAUGUUGAAAUACUUAGUAUAGGACAUUUUUGUCAGCAUUUAGGGGCUGUCCUGGUUCGUUUCUGAAAAGUUGGAGAGACUACGUUUUGACCCAGGCGUACAUCGCCUCAAAUCGUUACUGCCAAAAUUAAGACAAAAUAUAUAAUUAAGAUAAAAACAAUAAGAUAAAUAUAAUUGCUUUUAGAAGCACGGUUUGAUGAUGGAGAGGAUUGUUCCGAUCAAUACGUAGUCUUGCUGUUGACAUGGUGUACGAAUGCUAAAGCAUUCUGUCUGUAUACAUAGGUACAAACUUGCUAUAUGUUCCGUAGAAAACGAAAACAGACUGCCAUAUUUUAUUAGUGUGUAGAUAAAUUGUAACAAUUUUUUAGCAUAUAAGAUUGUAAUACUUAGUGAUAGUGUAAGUGUAACUCAUAUCACCGUUUGUUUUUCGCUGCAGCGUGGUGUCCCGUUGUCCUAGGUGAGCGACAGAACGCGCACAUAGUGCAGUCCGUCUAGUGUGCUUUUACAUAUUUAUAUGAUUGUAUUAUGCGCCAUAUAGUCAACAUACAUAUAAAUAAAUGUAAGUCAGUGCGGAUGCCUGUUGGUGACUUGAAUAAAAUCUGACACCAGUGAUAGCAGUUGACACGAAAAGAAAGAAAAUAAUUCUUUACAAUACAAUAUGUUAAACUUUCCUCGCGUAUCUUAUUUGACAUAACAACGCGUUGCGUUCGCGCUUGUUGCUCAGCUAGGACGGGCCUCGCCGACGGCUUUCUCCGAGAGACCUGUGGUGCUAUACUACUCGAUGAUCCCUUGGGAUUCACGUGAAGACCGAGACUCCAGCUCGCUGUGAUUGCUUUAGAAGUUAUUAGACAAUUCGUUUGAUCGUGGGAGUUUGCCAUAUUGUUGUAUUCGCGGACACGCGGCAUAUUUGUUGUACAUUCCCUUCCAGUUAUGGUUGUUUUGUAUCUGGUGCCAAAUAGGAUUAAGUACGAAGAAGAUGUUUUACGGGCAUCGAGGCCUUCAGAUCGUUAAGGAGCUUACGAUAGACAAGUCACAAUUUCAACAUCAGACUGAAGUUUUAUAUAGUAGCGAUAAAAAUAAAACAAAUUAUGGUACAUACUCACAAUGCAUCAUGCACUGAAGCAGAUGGAAAUAUUAUGUCAUACAGUUGGCCGCAGAUCAAGUUAUCCUUCUAUCCCCGACGAUUUUAAAUGAAUUUGGAUAGGUUGAUGUGCAGCUGACUGUACUCGCAUCUUCGUGAGCUGAUAGUAAACAACAAUACUUAAUGGCAUUUAGGUAUUAUUAAUAAACCAUGUGAUCAUCAGCCCACUGUUGGGCGUACAUCGUGUACUUUGUAUGUGAGUUGUUUAUUACUGCAAAGAAAACCCAGAAAUGUACGUCGAAAUCGCCGAAACCGGUAACAGUUUAUUGCCGGCUUUCGAUUUGUUAAACCUCCUUAGCGACUCGCGCCCUCUGUAGACAAUAAGCUGCGAUACGCACACGGCCCACCGGGCCUCACAGCCGAUGGUUGUUCCGACAUUUACCAUAGACAAUGUUUAUCUAGCAUAAGGACGAAGCAAUAAAGUGAUAUUUUUGUA